AUGGAAAAUAAUAAUGGGGAAAGCUGUGAUGGUGUAAGGUUAAUCGAUGCUUCAGAUUCACUGAAAGCAGUCACAUUAGGCGAGAACAGUGCAUUUAUGCCUUCUAAGCUGUCGCGAUUACCGAUUCGAGUUAUUAAACCACCUCAACCAACUUCAUCAUCAGCAUUGUCAUUAAUGCAACACGGUCAAAAAUCACCAUCCAAAAAUCGUGAACUGUUACGCUAUGCUGAACAACAACGCAAAUUGAUUGAUUCGUAUCAACGGGAAAUUGAAGAUCGUGAAGUACGAGGACCACAUUCCGAGCAUCAGCGUUCGAUUCAGUUAAGUUCACUUCGUAGAGAGGUUGUGAGGGAAGAAAAUGAAAUGACAAGGCUGCAUAUAUUGCAACGAGAAACCAAUGAGGCUUGUGCAGAACGGAUUAUUGUAGAGAAUAAAUUAAGAAAGCUGCAGAAUGAGGUUUCUUCACAGGGUCAACAAUUACGAAUUGCAUUUUCUAAAAUUGAUUCCCUGAAAGCACAGCUUGAACUUUUGUAUCGUAGAAGGUUAUCAGCUAUGAAUGCAGCCAUUAGGCAGCAAAGGCUUGUGUCACCUGAGUGUAAAAUUGAUCAGGAAUGUGCUAUCUCCCAAAAAACGCAGCACCAUUAUCCUCAAACGAACGAAGUUCUUAACGCGGCGCAAUCAGAUAACAGAUCUGUGCAAUCUUCGGUCGGUACAGCUCUUUCUGCUGCUAUAAAUUCCGUAGAAUCUAAAAAUGCCAUUAAUUUUGUAAUGCAGAAUUUCAAUCAUCUAUAUGGCAGUUUGUCAACUGAGACUAAUGACAAAAUAUGUAUGGAUAAUAGCAGCGCACCAGUGUUUGAUGCUUUAAAUCACAGUAAGUCACAACCAAACAGAGACCGAAUGACUUCAUCUAUAUUGAGCGAUACUGCAAAUCGACCUCGAGCAUCUGUUGAGCCAUUUCAGGUGAAUUCGAAUGUUUUACCAUCAAGCAAAUUGAAAAUGGUGGAAAAUGUUCCCAAAAAAAUUGAAUCACCACGACCAGUGGAUCUCGAUAAUCUUAUUAACAAUCUUAAUGAGAACCGAAUUGACAUAUCUCUUAAGCAAAAUCGAAAUGAAUCUCCAUCGCCACCAGGAGAUCCUUUUCCAACUUACGUCAACGAAAAUUGCACUGAAGACAAACCAUCUAUCGGGUUGGUUAAUGACUUAGUGAAUAAUACUUCUAAAGAUAAUAUUAAUCAUGAAAUUGCUAAUACCCACGAAAAAAAUGAAAUCUGCAAUUCUUCUCGACGUUUGGCGACUAUAUAUCAUUUGUGGGAUGAGGCUAAAAUUCUGGACCAUGAGCCGCCUCCAGCAGAUUUACUGGGCAAUGGUGAUUUUAUCAGAGACGAGAUAUCUAAACUUGCAAAUGCUGAUCAAGUCUCCAUUCGUCCUGGUACUCUUCGUGCGGCAAAACGGAGGUCUUGGGUUCAACAGGAAACAUCACAAGAUGAAACAGAUUAUAUACGGAAGAUACUCUGUGAAGAACAAAAGAAAGGCCGCACUCAUAUCAUUCUGGAUCCAUAUAUCGAAAACAUUCUUAGUAUGUCGGCAAAUCAGAAUUCUUUGGUAGAGAAUGCGGGAAAUAUUUCAAAUGUUGGCGCAAAACGGUUACAGUUGGAUGAUUCAAAUCUCUAUGAAUCCUCUAACGCACCUUCUAAUGUUACAAAGGAAAAUGAUUCAGAAAAUCUAUUAGAAGACCAAAGAUUGGACAAUGAUGAACAAAAAUUUGUUAAUUCAGGUGAUAAAAAUGAGGAGGAAUUGGAUAAAAUAAUUAUAUCUGGCGCUGAUUACAGUGAAUCUCUAGAACUAACAAAAGAGAUAUCAAAAGAUAGCAUUUUACGAUCAGUGAAUUCAAAAAAACUUCACAAAAAAGUGGUUUUCGAUCCAUUAGCACUUUUGUUAGAUGCGUGUUUAGAAGGAGAAAUCGAUCUUGUCAAGGAAUGUGCCAUCAAGAUGAGCAAUUUAUCUGCAUGUAACGAUGAAGGAAUUACAGCUUUGCACAAUGCAAUUUGUGCGGGUCAUUAUGAGAUAGUUCGAUAUCUCAUCGAGUCUCAUGCUGAUGUUAAUGCGCAGGAUUCUGAUGGGUGGACGCCACUUCAUUGUGCUGCAUCAUGUAACAAUCUGCCUAUGGUAAAAAUGCUUGUUGAAAAUGGUGCUUGCAUUUUCGCACAAACUCUUUCCGAUCUUGAAACACCUAUUGAAAAAUGCGAAGAAGAAGAAGAAGGAUUUGAAGGCUGUCAGCGGUAUCUAAACUCGGCUUUAAAUGGUGCUGGUACCAUUAAUGAACAGCAAAUGUAUGCAGCUUACGGAUAUGAAGAGCAACAAGAUGAUGAACUCUCUUUCCCUGCCGGUGCGAUCUUAAAAGUAUUGCAAAAAGAAGUUGAUGGGAAAGGAUGGUGGUUUUGUGAGUAUGAAGAUAGAAACGUUGGAAAAAGACAAGGACUUGUUCCUAGGAAUUUUCUUUCUUUAUAUCCAUCUCUCGUUCACCGUAAUCCCACCUUUGUUCCAUUUGACUUGCCAGAUUCAUUUUCACUGACUGAAGUGAAGGUUGCUGGUCCGAAUGAUGAAGGGAAAUCUUUUAAUCGUCUCUUUGCUGAUCAUUAA